AUUAUGUUCCACCACUGCGUGUGUGCCUGCUUUGUCUGACCUCCUAUGGAUACCAGCAGCAAGCAAAUGUUCUGAACAAGAACCAAAACAAACAAUGGCCUGUCUUACAAUGACAAAUAUGGAAAGUACAGCAACUUCUACUGUCCAACAGAAUGGUGACAUCCGUGGGAAUACCAGUGCUCCCAAGCAGACCGAAACGUUGCUUCAAGUGUACCUUUAUCAUUCUCCUGGGAAGACAGGGGGAGAUUACCUUCACUUUCCAGCUGGAGAAUAUGUUGCAGAAGAGAUUUGUGCUGUUGCCUGUAAAGCCUGUGGUAUCAUGCCAGUGUAUCAUAACAUGUUUGCACUCAUGAGUGAAACAGAGAGAAUGUGGUAUCCCCCAAAUCACAUCUUCCAUGUAGAUGAAGCAACCAGACUUGUCCUAAUCUACCGGAUAAGGUUCUAUUUUCCGCACUGGUAUUGCAAUGGCACCAGCAGAGCAUAUCGGUAUGGCAUUCUUCGAGGUGCAGAAAGCCCUGUUCUUGAUGAUCUUGUGAUGUCUUACCUGUUUGCACAGUGGCGAGAUGAUUUUUUGAAUGGAUGGAUACAGAUGCCUGUUACUCACGAAACACAAGAAGAAUGCCUUGGAAUGGCUGUUCUGGAUAUGAUGAGAGUGGCCAAAGAAAAGGACCAAACCCCACUGGCUAUUUACAAUUCAGUCAGCUACAAAAUGUUUUUGCCUAAAUGUGUGCGAGCAAAAAUCCAAGACUACCACAUUUUGACGCGAAAGAGAAUAAGGUACAGGUUCCGCAAAUUUAUACAACAGUUUGGCCAAUGCAAAGCUACUGCCAGAAACUUGAAACUUAAGUAUCUUAUAAAUCUGGAAACCCUUCAGUCUGCCUUCUAUUCAGAGGUUUUUGAAGUAAAAGAACCUGGUGGAGAUCCUUCUGGAGAGGAAAGUUUUGCAACCAUUGUAAUAACUGGAAAUGGUGGAAUUCAGUGCUCAAGAGGAAAACUUAAAGACUGUGAGACACUGGCAGAGCAGGAUUUACAAACAUACUGUGAUUUUCCUGAUAUCAUUGAUGUCAGCAUUAAACAAGCAAGCCAAGAAGGCUCCAGUGAGAGAAGAAUUGUCACCAUUCACAAACAAGACAGCAAGAAUCUGGAGGCUGAAUUUCAGUCAUUAAGAGAAGCUCUCUCCUUUGUAUCAUUAAUUGAUGGAUAUUACAGAUUAACUGCGGAUGCCCACCAUUAUCUCUGUAAAGAAGUAGCACCACCAUCAGUCCUUGAAAAUAUCCAAAGCAACUGCCAUGGGCCAAUUUUCAUGGACUUUGCUAUCAGUAAACUGAAGAAAGCAGGUAAUCAGACUGGUUUCUACGUUCUUCGUUGCAGUCCUAAAGAUUUUAAAAAAUACUUCCUCACCUUUGCUAUAGAGCGUGAGAAUACCACUGAUUAUAAACACUGCUUAAUUACAAAGAAUGAGAAUGGAGAAUAUAAUCUUAGUGGAACCAAGAGAAGUUUUGGUAAUCUUAAGGAUCUGUUGGCCUGUUACCAGACAGAAACUGUCCGUUCAGACAGCAUAAUUUUCCAGUUCGUCAAAUGCUGUCCUCCGAAACCGAAAGAUAAAUCAAAUCUCCUAGUCUUCAGAAGCAACAGCGUUUCAGACGUACCUUCAUCACCUACCAUACAGAGACACAAUAAUGUCAACCAGAUGGUCUUUCACAAAAUCCGGAAUGAGGACUUGAUAUUCGAGGAAAGUCUUGGACAGGGCACGUUUACUAAGAUUUUCAAAGGUGUAAGGAAAGAAGUGGGAGACUAUGGCCAGCUCCAUCAAACUGAAGUACUUUUAAAGGUGUUGGAUAAAGUGCAUAGAAACUACUCUGAGUCGUUCUUUGAGGCAGCAAGUAUGAUGAGCCAGCUUUCUUACAAACAUCUGGUGUUAAAUUACGGAGUCUGCGUAUGUGGAGAGGAAAACAUCCUUGUACAAGAAUAUGUGAAAUUUGGAUCCUUGGACACAUAUUUGAAAAAGAAUAAAAAUGUUAUCAAUAUCUUGUGGAAGCUGGAAGUAGCCAAACAGUUGGCAUUAGCCAUGCAUUUUCUGGAGGAUAAAGGACUUGUUCAUGGGAAUGUCUGUGCGAAAAACAUCUUGCUUAUCAGAGAGGAAGACAGGAAGUCUGGAAACCUUCCAUUUAUAAAACUGAGUGAUCCUGGCAUCAGUAUUACAGUUUUGCCAAGAGACAUUCUUCUUGAACGAAUACCGUGGGUUCCACCUGAAUGUAUUGAGAAUCCCAAACAGUUAAGCCUGGCCACAGACAAAUGGAGUUUUGGUACUACUUUGUGGGAAAUUUGCAGUGGAGGAGACAAACCUCUGAGUGCACUGGAUUCUUCGAGAAAACUACAGUUUUAUGAAGACCGGCACCAGCUUCCUGCCCCCAACUGGACAGAACUAGCAAACCUUAUAAACAAUUGUAUGGAUUAUGAGCCAGAUUUCAGGCCUUCAUUUAGAGCAAUUAUUCGUGACUUGAAUAGUUUGUUCACUCCAGAUUACGAGCUAUUGACAGAAAGUGAUAUGUUGCCAAAUAUGAGAAUUGGAGCACUUGGAUUUUCUGGUGCUUUUGAAGAUCGGGACCCAACACAAUUUGAAGAAAGACAUCUUAAGUUUUUACAGCAACUUGGCAAGGGGAAUUUUGGCAGUGUUGAGAUGUGCCGGUAUGACCCGCUGCAGGAUAAUACUGGGGAGGUGGUGGCUGUGAAAAAGCUGCAACAUAGCACAGAAGAGCACCUUAGGGACUUUGAAAGAGAGAUUGAAAUACUUAAAUCUCUGCAACAUGAUAACAUUGUUAAGUACAAAGGCGUGUGCUACAGUGCAGGUCGUAGGAAUCUAAGAUUAAUUAUGGAAUAUUUGCCGUAUGGAAGUUUACGAGAUUAUCUGCAGAAACACAAGGAGAGGCUGGACCACAAGAAGCUUUUGCUGUAUGCGUCUCAGAUAUGCAAGGGCAUGGAGUAUCUGGGUACGAAAAGAUAUGUUCACCGUGAUCUAGCAACAAGAAAUAUCUUAGUGGAGAAUGAGAACAGAGUUAAAAUUGGAGAUUUUGGAUUGACAAAAGUCUUGCCACAAGACAAAGAAUACUACAAAGUAAAAGAACCUGGUGAAAGCCCUAUAUUUUGGUAUGCUCCAGAAUCUCUGACGGAAAGCAAAUUUUCUGUGGCCUCAGAUGUGUGGAGUUUUGGUGUGGUCUUGUAUGAACUCUUCACGUAUAUUGACAAGAGCAAAAGCCCACCAGCUGAAUUCAUGCGCAUGAUUGGCAACGAUAAACAAGGGCAGAUGAUUGUAUUUCAUUUGAUAGAGCUUUUGAAGAAUAAUGGACGACUACCGAGACCGGAUGGAUGCCCUGAUGAGAUUUAUGCUAUCAUGAAAGAAUGCUGGAACAAUAAUGUUACCCAGCGCCCCACCUUUAGGGAUCUUGCUCAGCGAGUAGAUCACAUAAGGGACACCAUGGGCGGAUGAGAAAACUGUCCCUCCUUCAGAGGAUGUGUUGGGAUGCAGAACAACAUGUACUUGGUCUGCUGUGUAUAAUUGACGUAUGUACCCAUGUGCAUCUUGCUGGAAGUAAAA